GAUUGGAUUUGAUGUUAUAUGUAUAACCAGUAUACCACUUAUCUUAGAAUCAUUUCUUUAAUUCUAAUAUUAUUGUGUUUUUGAAUGACCAGCAGCUUUGUUUUGUCUUGUAACUUAUAAAAUGGAUAUUAAUGCGAAUGCUGCUCGCCUAUUUUGUGAAUUACUACUGGAUGAUAGUUCCAGUUCAAGCAGUGAAGAUGAAGGAGUAAGAGGCCCUUUAGAAAAAAGACCCCGUGUGGAGCAAUAUAUAGAUGAUGUCGUGGCCAGAUAUACCGAAGUUGAGUUUCAACAAAAUUUUCGAUUGAAUCGAGGCACAUUCAAUGUUGUUCUUGAAAUAAUAAAAAAUAAAAUUUCAUCAAAGACAGUAGAGAAUGGUCGCCCUACUGUGCCUCCUAAAACACAACUGUUAAUGGCUCUCUGGUAUUUAGGUACUCCUGAUUCUUACAGAUCUGUUUGUGGACGUUUCGACUUGGGUAAGGCUACAGGUUUAAGAGCAACAAGAUGAGUUGUUAAUGCUUUAUUUGAAUUGGGACCGACAUUUAUUAAAUGGCCCAAUGGUGAAUAUGCUAAUGAAAUAAAAGAAGAAUUCCUUCGCCAGGAUUUUCCAGAUACAAUCGGCUGUAUUGAUGGAUGUCAUAUUUCUAUUCCAUUACCAAAAGAGCAUGGGCAGUCGUAUAUAAAUAGAAAGGGAUUUUCUAGUUUGGUUUUACAAGUAUGUUGCAUUAAUAUUA